CGGUAAUGAGCAGACAGACCCUUAUAGGAAAUAACGCCUUACCGUGAGAGUGCGUGGUGGACUUUUCUGGCGUGAAACAGAAGGCAAAGUUUUCCAAAUCUGACCGCACAAGACUUGACGCAAAUCGAGAUUAGCUCUGCGUAUGCAACGCUGUGUCUGACUGCGCGGCUGACACGGACACACGCCGGUGUCGCGGGAGCUCGCGCUGUAAAGGAACUAACUGUAAAGGAAACGGGAGUGCGGUUCGUUUUGGGACUGUUUGUGGCUGUGUAAGCGACACUUCAGCUGCUAUUCGGCGUCACACUGUCAAAAAAAACCCCAACAGAACAACAAUUAUGAAGCAGGUUAACAGGCAUUUGGGAAUAUUCACAGAGCCGGUUUGGAGGAAGGAUGAAUUCCCAGGUUUUUUUUCUGUGCGCUGAAGACAUUUAAGUCGGAUGCUUGGUGAAGUUUUUGUUUUGUUUUAUGAGAAAUACCACCUGAACGGUGUUUCUAAUAUAAAAAGAGCAUUUUAGAUGUAACGAGCUUAGAGAAGAGAAAACAUUAGCUUUGCUUGAUAUUUUUUGUCUGUCACUUCCGUCGCUCAUGGAUGUCUUAUUUCCCUCCACUGGCAUUUGUUUUUAGUUCAGUUCCGCAAGCUGACACAUUUGACAGCUGUUUUGGUAACCUGUGCACUGGCUGAAAUAUCGACGAGAAAGAGCAAAAUGUGACACACACACACACACACACACACACGCACGCACGCGUGUAGAGCUGAGCUCUUCGUGUACACCCCUACCUCCUUUCUCCUCCUUUCAGGUAGCCUCCUAAUUCAGGUUUGACUACCCACACCUUACAUUUCUGUCACAAAAUGAUGAGCACCGGCCCCAGCAUCGUGUUCGAGUGGUUGAAAACGCUCCAGCUCUGCCAGUAUGUCGAAGCGUUUGUGGAUAACGGUUACGACGACCUGGAAGUUUGUAAACAGAUCGGCGACCCCGACCUGGACGCCAUCGGCGUGUUCAUACCGCACCACCGACAACGGAUUCACGACGCCGUGACAAGACUCAAAGACGAGGACAAGCAAGCCGCCUCGGGGCUUUAUUUCACCUUAGAGCCGCUGAUCCCCAGACUGAGGGGAUCCAGGACGUGGACGGAUCAAAUUGGGAUGACAUUCCCGGGGUCACAACGGAACCUAACCCUCCGGAACCGGGAGCUUGUCGUCUAUCCGAAACUGAAACUGAAGAUCAUGAUCAGGGAUAAACUCGUUAGGGACGGGAUUAAUCUGGCUAGGCCUCCAUAUUCUAACAAGGAUGGCUCUCUGGGUAACAUCGAUGAUCUAGCGCAGGAAUACUCGGAAUAUUACAACACAUGCUUCAGUGACGUCAGUGAGCGCAUGGAGGAGCUACGCAAGCGUCGCAUCUCCCAGGAACUAGAAAUGGAAAAAGCAGACACCAGUUCCCUCCAUCUGAACUCUGAGAUCCAGGAGUCACUCAGUUUCAGCAGUGAGGUGUCUACACCAGAAACGGAAAGAAAGAUCCCACUCCACAAGUCCAACUCUGAAGAUGGCUCAGGAAAAUGGGAUAGCAAGAAGAAGAACAAAUCUUUCUGGCAAAACUUCAGAAAAUCCCAGAAAGGGCUCACGAGACAGAGCUCGAAAGGAGAGGACAUCGGCUACGUGGCCAGCCAGAUCACCAUGAGUGACGAAGAGCGCAUCCAGCUGAUGAUGAUGGUCAAAGAGAAGAUGAUCACGGUGGAGGAGGCGCUGGCUCGGCUUAAGGAGUAUGAGAGGAGCAGGCAGUUGAGCACCAGUUCAGACACUGCAGAGUGUGCUGAUGGAUCCAGUCCCACUGUUAACCUGUCCUACACCUGCAACUCUCAUGAACAGUCUGAUGAUGAGCAGGAGGAUUCUGUCAAAUUUAAGAGGCUUCACAAACUGGUCAACUCCACUCGCCGCGUCCGCAAGAAACUCAUCAAAGUAGAUGACGGCAAAAGGCAGGGAUCAGAAGACUCUCUGAGCUUGGAUGUGUCCCCUUCGUGCGAGGACACCAGUGCCCUAUAUGCAGGCGUGAAUAAAAAAGGCACCCGCUGCACGGUGGACUCAUCGCUGUCCUCUCUGACCCAAGAUCAGCUCUCAGUGGAUGGAGACAGGGACAGUUUAAGCACGUCUCCGUCCUCUAGCAGCUUGGAGGCCUGGAACUCUGCACACAGGCUGGUAAAGCCUUCAACUAACCCACACAGCCUGGUCCGGCCUCUAGCCAGCACUAGCACCGAGGAUGAGCCUGAGACCAGGAAGACGUCCGUGUCUCACGGGGUAAGUAUGGACACUGUGUACACACACUACAGCCUUGUGCGGCCUUGUUCUCAGCCUCACCGCAUGCUGGUGCCUGUGGAUUGCACCAAGCGGCCUCCUAUCUCCACCUGGCAGCGGAGCAAGCCCGAUCCCAAUUACGCCUAUUCCACCAAGCACUUACUGUACCAACGCAACUUCCAAAAAGCCUCCAGCUCUCCUCCGCUGACGCUGCCGUCUUCACCCCGGGUGCGUGAGCUGGGAAGGGAGAAGGGGAAGGGCGGUGUGGGUAUAGUGGGAACUUGGCUCUGCCCUCCCAAGCGCCUGCGAGGAAGAACAGCUGUCAGCGAGCUGAACAUUACCUAUGUGGUGGAGCGUAGCCUGUACAACCACUUGAGCCGGAAAGCUGAAAGGCUCCACCUACUGGAGGAUGAGAGAGACACUGACCGGAAAUGGGCUUCCAGUGUGGACCGCUGCACCCGACGUGUCCUCCUGCGCAUUCAGCAGAAGUCUAGGACGUGUAGCUUUGGGGGUUUCGAUCUGUCCAACCGAUCACUUCAUGUGGUCAGCACGGCUUCUGAACCUCAUGAGCAGGAGGCUCUAUACAGGGAUGUGAUAAAGUCUCCUACAAGCUCUCGCAUUUCUCUGGGAAGGAAAGUCAAGUCUGUGAAAGAGACGAUGAGAAAACGCAUAUCCAAGAAAUAUAGUAGUUCUCUCUCUGAACAGUCCAGUCCAGAUGUGAUCCCCAGCUCUCCUCAAUCUCCUCAGCCAGACACGGACUCCCUGGAAAAGCCCAAACUAAAGGCAGGAGGAUCUGUGGAGAGUCUGCGCAGCUCUCUCAGUGGACAGAGCUCCAUGAGUGGCCAGACAGUGAGCACUACAGACUCGUCUGCCAGUAACCGUGAGAGUGUGAAAUCCGAGGAUGGGGACGAUGAAGAGCCGCCGUACAGAGGGCCUUUCUGUGGCAGAGCCAGAGUGCACACAGACUUCACUCCCAGCCCUUAUGAUACAGACUCACUCAAACUAAAGAGAGGAGAUGUGAUCGACAUCAUCAGUAAGCCGCCCAUGGGCACGUGGAUGGGGCUACUCAACAACAAGGUCGGAACUUUCAAGUUUAUCUAUGUGGACGUCCUGGCAGAGGAGGAGGAAAAACCCAAACGCACCAUCAGGAGGAGGAGAAAGGGUCGAGCUCCAAAACCCAGCUCUGUAGAAGAGCUUUUAGAAAGGAUCAACCUAAAGGAGCACAUGCCUACAUUCUUGUUUAAUGGCUAUGAGGAUUUGGACACUUUUAAGCUGCUUGAAGAAGAGGAUCUGGAUGAGCUGAAUAUCAAAGAUCCUCAACACAGAGCUGUACUACUCACUGCUGUAGAGUUACUACAGGAGUACGAUAGUAGCAGUGACCCCGAGCGCAGUGCCCUCUCUGGCUCCCAGGAAAAACUCCUCUGUGAGGGGAGGGGCUUGACAGCUAACUCCCCACGGGACUCUGGUUGCUAUGAAAGCAGCGAAAACCUGGAGAACGGUAAGCCUCGUAAAGCAUCUCGCUCAAGUCGUCGUUCUUCUGGCUUUGAAACUGGUCGAGUCCAGUCUCUGGAUUGCCCCACACUUCCCAUCAGCCGCUCCACUGAGGAGCUGCAGCAUCAGUCCAAGAAAGAACGCAAGUUCACCAAGCACUUUCUUCCCCGGCCUAUCAAGGGCUUCAACCUGCGCUCUCUAGGCCUGAGAAAAGGCCUUCGAUCAGGACCAAGGCAUCAAAUGCCAGCCAGUCGCAGCUGUGAGGAGCUUGAUGGGACUUCAGAUGCUCCAGAGAGCUGGAAACGGUCUCAUUCUCUGGGGGACAUACAGUGGCAGCACGCCUUUGAUCAGAGAAAGAAGACAAGAAAUGAGACCCAAAAUGGUGGUGAAAGGCAAGAAGAGGCAAACUCUACAGUUAUCCAGUCUCAAAUACAGUCCAGCUCUCAGAACAGUAGAGAAUCCUGGUUAGACUCAAAAACAGAAUUGUGUAGAGCAAACCAGGAUCAAGUAGAGAGACCUCUAGUGCCCACCCAGCUGCCUCUCAAGCCUUCAUGCUAUGCUCCAGAUAAACAGCCUGGCUUGUCCACAAGCAGCCCAGCUCCUCGUACUCACCCCAAAAAGCCUCCUGUGCCCCCUCCUGUUCCUGCCAAAAAGUCCAAAGAGCGCCUAGUAAAUGGGUUGCGACACCCAUCUUUGGUCCUGCCAAGUUCUAGUCCAGGCACGCCAACCCUGUCUUAUAGACCCAUAAGCAGUCCUACUAGCCCCUCUGAAAGUAUUCCAUCCACUUCAGUGUCUCCGGAUUAUUCAGAGAAACCACCACCCUGGCUCUCUGACCUGCCCGAGUCUGCCUGCCCACAGAUUCAGGGAGUCAAGGUAGCCCUUGGCAGGAAGAUCUCCCAUGCCAAAAUGACUGAUUUGGAGACACUACUGGAGGAGAAGCUUGGCUCAGAAGGCAUCGAUCUUAUGGCAGAGCCUUACUCGGAUAAGCAUGGCCGCUGUGGUAUUCCUCAGCUCUUGGUGCAGAGAUACUCUGAGGACUUCCAGCAGCCACUGAAAGACGUGGCGUCCACUCUGGACCAGAUCAGAGUUAAGCAGCUGCGUAAGGAGCACCGCAUGGCUAUUCCCUCUGGAGGUUUGACGGACAUGAGUCGGAAGCCCAUGUCUCCAGUGCACUUAAGCUCCAUUUCUGAUUGGCUGGUGUCCAUUGGCAUGCCCAUGUAUUCCGACCUCCUACUGGCAGCAGGCUAUGACACACUGGGCAAUUUGUCUGCUCUUACUGAGGCAGCAGUACGCAAGGCAGGGCUACAGGAGGAGAGACACAUCCGCCUAUUGCUCAGUGAAGCCCGGCUCGUUACAGCUAACGCUAGCGUGUCACAGUCUUAACAACACAUGCCUGCUUUAUGAACAGCCAUCGCUGCUGCCUGCGCUGAUCUGAUGAUGAAACGUCAGGUGAAUUUCCAGUGGCAAACCAAGUGCUGCAGUGGAAUGAGGAAUGAAACUGGGUUCUUUGUAGCAUUUCAUGAAAAAUAUCAUCAUCUACAUCUUCCAAGCAUUUGUUCUGUUUUUUUCUUUUCUGCAUUGCUGAUGUUUACAGAAAGGACUUCUGUGGCUUCCAUGAACUGUUAGUGGUGGACUUUCCAGCAGGGUCUUUGUAACAAUCUUUAAAGCUUUUGAGAUUUUGUAAAGAUUUAGGCUAACUCGUGACUGUUUUCUCCUGUUCUGAUGAGCGCUUGUUUGUAAGGAAGAAGAACAUUUUGUGCGUCUUCCAGCACAGUAAGAUGUUUUAGCCUGGCCAAAGCGAUGUCAUUUCCUGCAGGAUAAUAGGUUCACACGCAACUUCUCAGCGCAUAGAUAUGAAUAUUGAAGGCUACAUCUUUGAUCAGUCCACUUUGGAAAGUUCAUUUAAUGUUCAAGCACAGUGUUGCUAUAUGGGAGUAUGAACUCUGAGUACUUGAUACUCAGAAUGAUGUGUGUUUUAUUUUAUUUGCUGGAGGGGAUAUAUUUGUAUAGUCCAUAAGCCAUUUCAGCUUACUCAGUGCCAAGUGAUUCAGUUGUAAAGCAUUGUAAAGCCUUUUGCCUUCACUUAGUUAAAGAAAAUAUUGUAUAUUCAGAUAGCAUUUAAUCUUCUAAUACACAGUAUCUAACAUUCAUUACUCGUCUGUUCUGGGAUAAAUCAUUUAUUACUGAAUCAUUUACAUAUCUUUAAGGUUUUUAUGUUGCCUUUGCCAUCAUCUUCGAUUGGGUGAUGCAACAGUGAUAACUUGCUUGUAUUUAAUGUAUAUUUUUAGAAUUCUUAGAGCUUUGAGGAAAACCUCCCCAGCACUGUGGCAGUAUGUAAAUGCUGAUAUUUAAACUUGGUCCUUGAACAAUAUAAAGCACAGUCGGAAAAUUCUUAAUAAAUCCGAUGUAGAAAGGGCUCACAGAGGAACAGGGUCCUUCAUCCUCCUGUAGGUUAUUUGAGUUGAAAAAUGUCUUUGGGAAUCCAGUCCAGUGAAGGAGAUCUGCUAGGACAGAUGUUAAUGUUCAUACUUAAGACUCACGAGUCUCUACAUGACAAUGUUUGUCUUUUCAGUAACACUUGAACAUUUAUCUGUGUCUAUAGAGGUUUUUUUUGGGUGAGAGAAAAACAGACAGAGAUGAAAGUAGGCUGGCAUGACUUUUAAUCCAAACACACAUCUGGCAUUGGAUGGGUAGAAACCCAUUAGUGAGGACUUAAAACCUCAAGGAAGCUUGUCUAAAUAAUGAAUAAGACACGAUGGGGUGUGAUGUUUUAGGAAAAUAGUCAGUGAUGCGGUGAUACAAUGUGACCCAACACAAAGCAGAGUUACUCUUACCUCCCUGAAAUUUUCUUUUCACAAAAACAGCACAAAAUAUUUGACUCUUCUUCUACUACAGCAAUUUGCCAAUGAUUACAAAGUUUUCAUGAAAAGGAUUGUACUUUUUUAAAUCACUUUUUUAGACUUAAUGUAUCGUUUUCAUUAGCUAAAACAACUAUAAACCUUUUAAAUGUUCCCUCCCCAGACUCUUUUUUCCUCUCUCUCGAAAGUUAAUACAACAACAACAAAAAUAAGCACCUUCGCAUGUUAAGAAAGUGCAGGAAAAAGACCUUCCAUGCCAGAUGUUUUACCUCUGACUGUUACAAAAACGCUAAAUAAACAUCUCCUUACAGAAAACGUCACCAAACAAUGACCGCACACAUUUUCUGACCUGUUUAAGUGAAGUGUCCGCUGUACGGGUUUCCUGUGAACGCGCUUCAUAACUUCGAUUUUCGCACACACACACACUGUGGCACAUUUUGCAGCAAGAUGGAUUUUCUACACGCAAUGGUUUUUUUUUUUGUAUCUAUUCCAGCACAAUUUACAAUUUACAUUAGGAUUGUCUUGGCACCCAAUUUCAAAUUUAGCAUCUUAAAGAGGAGCAGAAAAUCAGUACAGAUGCCUUUUUAACAAUGCAAUCAUGGUAUUAUGGGCAGUUUUAUAAAAUGUAUAUAAAUAUUUCAUAAAAUGUUACUAAUUACUGUAAAAUGCACUUUAUAUUCAAGUAUAUACAGAUUAAAUGGAGCUUUUUUCAGGAAGAAGAAAUUAGUAAAUGUUAAAGUCCACAAACGGACAGUUACAUUCAGGUUUUAUGUGGAGGAUUGCAGUGGAUUAUGCUGGUUUAUAACUAAAGUGGUUUUUCCCUGUCAACAUUCAUUAAUUAGAGAAUGAACCUUAAGAAGCUAAUUACUUCAAAUUGGUUUGAAAUUUCCUUAAAAUUAUUCUAAUUACAUAUAUGAAAUUGUGGACAUGUUGCACAUUCUGUAUAUGUAAUUGAUAUUUAAAUAACUUAUUUUUUUGUUUGUUUGUUUUUCAUAUCAAAUUAUUAGGUGUACUAUCUAUAUAUAUAUAUAUAUAUAUAUAUAUAUAUAUAUAUAUAUAUAUAUAUAUAUAUAUAUAUAUAAUAUAAAAAAAUAGCAGUACUCUUUUGCAUAUUGCUUUAGCCAGUGUCCUGCUACAGUAUCAAUUGUAAAAUAUCUGUAUACAAAUGUUUUUUUUUUUUUCUUUCUUUCUUUGGCCUAGCUAAUGAUAAAGAUUUUGCUUGUGUAUUGAAAAAAAUGUCUAAAACUAUUUGUCACUCUGAAGUGUAAUAAACAGAAUCUUCUGACUGGAAUGAGA